GAAAGGAGGUAUUAAAAAAAUAUGUCGUUAAUUUGUGCAAUUACAAAUGAGAUGCCUGAUAUUGCGGUCGUAUCGCCUUUUUCCGGAGCAAUUUUCGAGAAGCGUAUUAUUGAAAAAUACAUAACCGAGAAUGGCUGCGAUCGAAUUAAUGGCAAAGAGAUGAAAAUUGAAGAUUUAAUUGAGGUGAAGACACCACCAAUUGUAAAACCGAAGCCUCCUAGCGCUACUAGUAUUCCGGCAACCCUCAAAACAAUGCAAGACGAGUGGGGCGCUCUCAUGUUGCAUUCAUUUACGCAGAGGCAACAAUUGCAUUGAUAUUUGUUCCCUCCAAGCAGUAGUUCUCCUCUCGCUUUCUUUUUCAUCAUUAUUUAUAUAUAGGUUUGCUAUCUUUCCAGCUCUUAGUGCUUAGUUUGGAUGAUAAUAGUUGUUCCGCUUCGCAAACAAAUGUAAUAAAAGGUAAAAUAAAGUGAAAAACGCAAAAUC